AUGAAGUACUUCACCGCCGUUGCUGUUGCCGUUCUUGGUCUUGCUGCUCAGCAAACCAUGGCCCUCGAAUCUGCCGAGCCUGUGCAGCGAGCCGCUCCAGUUGAGAAGCGGGAUGUUGGCUGCUAUCAGCAGGGAACCUCCAGCAAGCCCGCCAUGUGCUACACUCCUGGCUGUCCGUCCGGCACCCGCAGUGUCUUCUGGGACUUUGGUUGCCCUAGCAGCAGCUGGAAGUGCUGCAUCUAG